GCCACUUGGUUGGGACGCACAAUUUUUUCCAGUUUUUGUCAGUUUGAAAGUUUGGCUUGCGGUGAAGCCAGGUCCAAAAUGAUCAAACUGGGCGUGUUUCUCAUCGCGUUCGAAGCUUUGCUUGGGACAAUUUUAGCUGUCCCGGUUCCAGCGGACACGAUGCCAAGUAUGCCAGGGAUGCCAGGUAUGCCAGACUUUUCAAGCUUGCUUGGAGGGGCGGGACAAGGAGGUUCCCCCGCUGACGUGCAGAAAAUAUUGGAUAUGCAAGCUAAGUCACAGAGUCAGCUGUAUGGCAGUGAUAUACAGGACGCUAUGGCGAAAUCGAAUCAAUUGCAAGCAGAGUCCAUGGCGAAGGCGGCCGAGAUGCAAAAACAGAUGGAAGCCCAGAUGGCUGCAAUGACGGCAGGAAUGCCAGGAAUGGGAGGAAUACCAGGAAUGGGAGGAAUGCCAGGAAUGGGAGGAAUGCCAGGAAUGGGAGGAAUGCCAGGAAUGCCAGGAAUGGCACAGACUCUACAGUCCAGCACUUCGAAGGUUCAACCACCAGUCGCUUUGCCUGCAGCGACGACUCCGAAGCCUCCAGAAAUCCCGAAAACUACUGCAAAUAUUGCGACAACCAAACAAACCCCUCCUCCUCCUCCACCUCCUCAGCCAGUGGAACCUAAAAAGGUCAUCCCUGAUCCGUUACCACCAGCAAAACCCGAGCAAAAGCCUGUUGAGGUCAGAAGCACAGCUCCAACGACGACUGCACAGCCGACGACGACUAAUCGUGCUGUCCAGCCAGUAGUGGACUACAAGAAACCUUCCGACGUCAAAGCUCCUGAAAAGACCAUUGUGGCAGCUCCUGUUGUCAAAGUCCCUGAAGUAAAAUUGCCUUCAAGUGAAAGUGGUGCCAAUAAGGCCGUAGGAGUCAAAGAAAAUUCUAAUGUACCACAAGCACUGGUGAAAAAGGACUCUAGUGCACCACAAGCACCCGUGAAAAAGGAAUCUAGUGCGCAACAAGCGCCGGUGAAAAAGGACUCAAAAGCCAAGCCUGCAGUGAAACCAUCCAGCAGCAAAGACGCCAAGUCAAGCCAGCAGCAAUCUGGGGCUAAGGGAGCUCCGCAGACGGCAAAUUCGAAAAGUAGUAAUAAAACAAAGGCUGCUAAUUCCAAAACAAAAACAAAGCCUCAAAAGAAAAAGCCAGCACCGCUGAAAUCCAAUUCCAGCGCCAGAACUUCGACAACUAAAAAGACAAAGACCUAAUUUGGCAAAUACUAUUGAAGCCUCUUUAAUUUGAUAUAAAAUUAUAGCUGGAUUACGGAAUAAAAGAUGGUUUUAAUUUGAAAA